CUGGGCCAGAAAAGGAGGCGGGGCCUCCCGGGAGGUCAGUGCGUAGUUGCGGAGUUCGACCGUCGCUUUGCUCCGCCCCCUGGGACUGCUAAAGCCACCAUGGAGGAGUACCAAAGACCCUGCGACGAGAUUGCCUUCAAUGCCGAUGAAGCGCAUAAUAUAGUCAAAGAGUGUGUUGAUGGAGUUUUAGGAGGUGAGGACUACAAUCAGAACAACAUCAACCAGUGGACCGCAAGCAUAGUGGAGCAAUCCCUUGCACAUUUGGUUAAGCUGGGCAAAGCUUAUAAGUACAUUGUGACCUGUGCUGUGGUCCAGAGGAGUGCAUAUGGAUUUCACACAGCCAGCUCGUGUUUUUGGGAUACUACAUCUGAUGGAACCUGUACUGUAAGAUGGGAGAAUCGUACUAUGAACUGCAUCGUUAAUGUUUUUGCGAUUGCAAUUGCCCUGUAACCCACUGAACAUUUUGGUUAAAGCCAUUUAACCUAAGUUUGUGAGUGCAUCCUUUCUACAAAGAGUAAUAAUUACCUGUUAAUGUGCUAGAUGACAAGUGUGCAAUAUGCUUCAAAGCUAUCAACAAAAACCUGAACAUUGUAAGCAGAAGUCUAAUAGAUAAGAACUUGGUAGGUUAUCUCAUAUUCUAUACAGCUUCACUUAAAGACACAAAUGUUAGCCAAAAAUAAUGCACAAAUAUUGACUGACAUAAAAAUAUAAUGUUAUAUUUAUACAAGCCUUUCACUAGCAUUAUGCACCCACAGAGAUGGGAAAAUCUAUUUAGAUACUGACAUUAUCUUAAAACUAGAAAACAUAACAGGGAUAAAUAUGUGAUCAGUGCAGAGAAAAUUACACGAAUUAGCUAAUACUUUUCUUAUUUAUUUUAAUUUCUCCCCUUCAUUGAAUUAUAUAUAAUAGUUCAUGGAAAGUAAUUUUGACACACCCCCACCUGUAUAUGAUGUUAUAGGUAGCAGCUAUAACUAACCUGUUUUAUUUUCCUGAGAACUGGCAAAUCUAUGUUUUUAAAUGUCAAUUUCUUGCAUUUACACUUGAGGUAGAAUUAAAUGAUAACCAGAUUUCCUGGUUAAGCAAAGUUAGUAAAGUAUGUAAUCAAGAGUAUGGGACUUAGACAACUGCCUUACAACCCACUCAUUAUCUACUGAAUGACUGUUCUGCGUCUUUCUCUGCCAGGCACGGCAGCUCUCAACAUGGUGUUCGAAUGCUAAGUUUCUUUUGGUAGCUGUUCAGCUAGAAAAUUGGUAUCUCUGAGGAAGGACCGAAAAGAAAGGAAAAAGUCUGGACCUCCAUGGAGAGCUAAGCAAAAAGAAUGCACUAACCAGUGACAGAAUUAUAGAUACAAUUUUUAUGGGUUGCUUCUGACCAAGCAAAAUACAUAAAGUAUGCAACUCUUACUUAAAGGCCUUAUUAGUAGUCUUAGCUAUACAAGUAAUAAAUUUAAUCAUUGCAUUAGUUACAGCUAUGUGUGCAUAAUUUAAAAUGCUUACAUGGCGUUAGGACUGAGUGGAGUAGAAUAUACAUUAAAAGCGAACAAUCAUUAGCAGGUUAUCUAAUAUCUCAGGGCUUAUGAAAUAUAGUUAAAUUUAUUAAGAAAAAUCAAUGAUUAAAAACUAGGAUACACAGCUGGCCACCCAAUGCGAAAUCAGUCUGCCAUUUAACCUUGAAAAUGAAAUCAAUUUUACAUGUCACCACUGACACCCAAUCCAUGUAAGGACUCAAAUCACGAUUCAUUGAAUUUGGGGGUAAAGAAAAGCCUAGUGUUAAUGGCGACAAUAUUACGACGGGAUUCUUGUAGGAGUACUACUACCAUGGUUGACAUUUUGCUGAAGAACUAAUGACAAGAAUGCAAAAAGAGGCUUUAAUGCAGUGAUCUGUGAUUUUUGCACAUUGGAAAUUCUUUGUCAUUACCUUUAUGUACUUUAUGCUGCUGGCUCUUGUACCUCUGGAGAUUAUAAUAGUGACCAAACUAUCUGUGUGGUUAAGGCUUAUUUUUGAUGAUUGUUGUUGAAGCCUCAUUUUAAAAGAAAUCAUACCUCGUGAGCUUGCUAUCUGCUGUUUCUAGUUCAAAUAUAAUAAAGACUAUCUUACUGUGCUGUACAUUUGGCUCUGGUUGCUAAUUCAGUGGUCAAGAAAUCAGGAUUGUGCUUACUUUAACAAAUUCCAAGCAGGAUGAGUGGAGGAGGAAAACAAAUGUGGCACUACAUAAAUAUAUUACAAUAAAUAAUUAAAUAUAUUCAUAUACACACACAGGUCUGACACAGGAAGGUCAAUAGUGUGAAGCCAGACUGUGUCUCAAAAAUAUUGUUACCCAAAUUUAGUCUUUGCCAUUACAAUAUAAUGAAUAGCUUCUAUUUCAUGCAUUUUAUUUAUGAUUUUUAACUCAAAAAGUUUUUCUUCAAAGUUAGUGUAAAAUAUAUUACGUAACUAUUUAUGAACCUUUAACAAUUGUUUUUAGUAAUUAAUUUUAUCUUAUUUGUCAAAUUGCAAAUGAGCUGCUGCUUCUUUAAAAACAAUUUGGGAGUUUAAGUAAAUUAGAGUGUUCUCAUGUACUACUUGAAAUCACAUGUAAUUCAGUUAGUGUAAGCACUAGCUGCGAUGUUUUGUAAAGCUAUAAUUUUGUGUUGGUGAAGUCCUAAUACACUGCCUAAAUAAUGGCAACUUCUCAUUAAAAGAGCGCUUUCCUGUCCUUCCCAA